AUGUCGGACGAGGUGUCCAACUUCUUGCGCUCAGUGGAGCAGCUCAAGGAUCGCCGGCUUGAGGAAGACGAGGCGCGGUCACGCGAGUUGGAGGAGCGCAUUCUGCAGGACAAGCGAGAGCGCCAGGCGCGACGUGCAGAACGAGCCAGAUCUAUCUCUCCCCAGAAGUCGUCGCCUGCCAACACUCCACCACCCCCGUCUUCCCACCACCGCUACAACAGCUCCCAAACAUCGGACGCUUUGAAACUCUCCUCCUCGCCUCCCGUGCUCAGCAGCCCGCGGAGCCCCACACCUCGUGCCUCCCAGCAGCAGAGCAACGGCCACGGCGUAUCGAGCAGCAGUGCCGCCUUGGCCUCGGCACUCGACUACUCUGCACCCUCUUCGUCCGGCUCGUUUGUGACCUCGUCGUCUCCCACCAAAGAAAACGAGUCACCCUUCGAUGCCGACGCCAAGACAUUGGCCGGCUCGAACAUUGCACGGACUCCGACGCUCUCGUGGCAGCAGAGACGGCCGCCGUCAAGCGGCCAAGCUGGCCCUGACCGGUCAUCCCGCAGCCGCCCGCUCUCCGUUGUUGCGGCUGAGAACGCGGCAGCACGUUCGACCAUUGCGGGCUCGUCCAGCCUCCAUGCUGCUGGUGGAAACCCGCCGGUCUCGCCCGAACCUCAGAACAUCGACACGGACGCCAGUGACGGGCCCAUCUCGCGCGACCAGAUCGCCCAGGCUCUUUCUGCCAAGGACCCGUCUUGGUUCCGUCAGACUGCCGACCGUGGCGCCAACUCAGCUGCCUACCGCCGCUCGCAAGUCGAGGACGAGGACCGCCAAGAUCUGCACGCUGCCAGUGCCCGGCUCCCGGGCUUGAGCCGUGGCUCGUCUGCCGAGCCCGACGUUAGUAGGUUCUCUCCACCGCCGCCUGCGCACUCGGCUGCUUUAUUUGCCCUGUCGCCCUCGUUGCAGGCUAGCAUCGCCAGGAAGACAAGCCCGUCUCUGCCCUUGACGCCCACGCAGAAGCUCGACCCUCCACAGGAGCCGUCCAUUGUGUCGCCACGGGACUCCAUUGUAUCACCGCCGUCGGGACGGACGUCUCCCAUUCGGCCGCUGUCGCCGACGAAGGGUGCUGGCGGCUUUGUGCAGAGUGCUAUGAUGAAGCGGAGUGACAGUGUGAAACGUUGGAGCGUCACAUCCCCACCCGGCCUGCAACGGGCUGAUUCCAUUGCAUCGAGCCGUGCUGCUCUCGACGGACCCCGUCGCUCAGCCACCACCGCCCAGACAAGACCGACGUCCCGCCCGACCUCGAGCCACGGACGGGACUCUGCCAACAACAGCCGUCCGUCCACACCCACCCGGCUGCAGACAAGUUUCCCCGACGAAGCGACGAAGGAGACAACCACGGCAGAAGAGGAUAAGAAGGUGACACCGCCUUCGAGCCCUUCCAAGACCAUGGAUCCGCGCCGUUGGAGUCCGACCAAGACGUCGAGCUGGCUGGACGCCGCGCUCAACAAGCCUGAGUCGCCCAAGCCCAAGGCCGCGCCGCCACUCAACAACCAACCUGCCUGGAUGGUGGAGUUGAACAAGGCCAAGGCAAACAAGGCGAGCAAUCCAGGUGCCGCCGACGCCACUGUCACACCGCCGCCUGUCGUACGGAAGCAUGAGGUCAAGACCGGCGGCCUUUUGCGGUCAGGGCCCAUGGGCACCGGUGCCGCGAAUGCCACGCCUGCCCCGGCAGCUGCGCCCUUGGGUGGGCGUAGUGGACUGGGCAUCUCCAUGCACACUCCGUCGUCGUCCAUCAGCAGCAUCACUAAUAAACCGUCCCUAUCCAAAGACGGUACCCCACCCAAAGGUGAUCUCCGUGCGGCCCUGAAGCCGAGACAGCCGCUGCCUUCAGAGAAGAAGGAUAAGGAUGCCGGAAGCAACGACGGCAGUGAGCUGAAGAACGUCGUUGGCGGCCUCCGCCGGACCAAGACCCAAAACUACGUGGCGCCCAAUGUGCUCAAGGACAACAUCACGCGGGGCAAGGCUGCCCUGAACGUGACGGGCGGUCCCAAGCCGCGCGAGAAGAAGGACGAGCUCAAGGACGCCAUCAUGCAGAAGAAGGCUGAGUUCAACCAGGCCAAGUCUGAGGGCCGUGGCAUUGCGACCAACGCGCACGCCCGUGACAGCAACGAGCCUGUGCCAGAAGGCGUCGCCAAACGACUGGUGCUCAAUAAGACGGGCGGUUCCCAGACCUCGACGACCCGGCGCGAUUCGUCUCCCUCCAAUGCUGCAGCCGAUGCGGCAGCUCGCUCUGUCGCCGCUUCUUUGGCCGCGGCCGCCUCUUCCGAAGCACCAGGCAAUUUUAGCCGCUCUAGCACGGCAUCUACACUGUCUGUGCCGGGUACAACGGAAGUGCCCGAAACAACCACAGACACGUCGCCUCCGGUUAAGAACUUUGGUUCCCUUGGUCGUGCCGGUCCCCGGAUAGGCGGGCUUGGCAGUCCCGGCGGGGGUAGUGGUAUUGGAGGCGGUAGUGCCCUCGCCAACCGUUUCAAUCCAGCCCUGGCUGGUAUCUUGGCCCGUGGACCCCCCGGCAUGUCGUCUGCUGGCAGCUCGCCCAGCGACGACGCUGCAGGAACAUCGCCCAUUUCUGGUCGGGUGACUUCGCCCCCGGCUUCAUCGUCGGCCACCGACCCCCCGCCCGGUCCCGGCCCGCAGCUGACGCAUAUGACUAAGAACCGUGCCCGUGGCCCGCGCCGGAAGGCUCCGUCCAGCUUGCAACAGCCGUCAACACCGUCACAAACGGCAUCCAUACCGGCAGAAGAAACGCCAGAGACGCGAGCCGUCACGACCCCCAAGAAGGUCCCUCCACCGACCACCCCCAAAAAGGCAGACAUUGUCGUGCCGCAGGUGAUAUCUCUGGUCGACUCCUCCUCGAAGAAGACAGCCCCAGAACCAGCACAGAAGCCAGCGAGUGUACGCGGUAGCCCCGUGAUCUCGCUUACCGACUCUUCCAAGGCAAAAGCGGCGGCUGUGGACGGCCCGACGCCUUCCAGGGCGAACGUCAUCUCUCUGGUCGACUCGUCGAAAAAGUCGCCGAGCCCGGCAUCUUUCGGAUCGUUUGGCACACCCACCAAGAUACACGAACAGGUGGCGUCCGUUGCUGCGAGGAACGGCAGCAGCCAACCUUUCAAGCCUGCGGUGGGCAACAAGCCUGUUGUCGAGAGCAAGCCUGCUGCAUUUGAAAAGACGGCCACCGAGGAGCAGGCGCCAGCUGUUUCUCAGCCUUCGUCUCCCCGCAAGAUUGACGUAAAGAGAAUGUCGAAAUUCCUUGAGGAUUCUGCCAACCGGCCGCCUGCGGUCAGCCAGCCGAUUGAGGUCCCGCGCCCCUUGUCGCCGUCCAAGACGGGCGGUGCGCGGCCGCUGCCUGUACCCCGGCCACUGUCGCCCCAGAAGACCGGCGGCAGUGCUCGUCCGCUGCCCGUCGCGCCGGUGUCGCCUAAGAAGAACGAGUGGCAGCCGACCAGCCCAGCGACAGGAGGAGGGUUGACCUCUCUCACGUCCGUCUCGUCUGGCACCCUCCGCCGGUCCAAGGUCUUUGGCGAUGCCCCAGUGCUGGCCGCGUCAUCUUCGCCUCAACAGCCAGCGACAACGCCGUCGUCGUCGAUGCGUAUUGAGUCACAAGGCUCUGCACCUGCGUCGCCGGCCCUGCCGUCACCCAUGCGGUCCCCGACCAAGCAGGCACAAGAAGUAACGGUUGUGCUCAACGAGUUCUUUGGCGCAGACCGGCCGAGCCGGACGUACCGUGUUGAUACGGCCGACAUCCUGGCCAAUCGCCCGCAGGUCGACGUUAAGAUCAAGACGCUCAGUGCUCAGCUCUAUCGCCUUGGCAGUGAUGGCAAGAAGCAACCUGUCCCGGCCCACCUCGAGCGUAUUCUGUUUGAGCGUGAGAUGUACCUGUGCCCACACACGUUCACCCGCAGCGCGGGUCGGAAGGUGACGGAGGUGUAUUUUUGGGUCGGUGACGACGUCCCCGCGGCCAGCGUCCAGGACGUGCAGGUCUUCUUGAACCGCGAAGCACGGGCCGUCGGUGGCACGCUUGUGCCGCUGCAGCAGGGCAAAGAGACGGCCGAGUUUUUGCUGGCGCUGGGCGGCAUCGUCACCGUCCGCCGCGGGUCGAGCAACACCUACGACUCGCUCGCGCCAUCCAUGUUCUGUGGCCGGCAGUACCUGGGCCAGAUCGCCUUUGACGAAGUGGACUUUGAGCCCGCCAGCCUGUGCUCGGGCUUCCCCUACCUGAUCACGCGGCAAGGCAAGUGCUAUCUCUGGAAGGGCAAGGGAAGCAACGUCAACGAGCUCAGCUGUGCACGGCUGAUUGGUAUGGACUUGGCCCUCAUGGGUGAGCUCGCCGAGGUCGAGGACGGCAAAGAGUCUGCCAACUUUUGGGCCUUGUUCCAGGGCAGCGGCCGCGGUAAGCCCGGCUCGGCGGACCACUGGCGCCUCAAGCCCAAGUACGACCGCUACGCGCGCCGCCUCUUCCGCUCCGAUGCCGCCCAUCCCCAGCAGAUUGUUGAGAUCCACCCCUUUGACCAGCGCGACCUUGCACCGGACGGCAUCUAUGUUCUGGAUGCGUUUUUUGAAAUGUACAUUAUUGUCGGCCGCCAGUCCGCGGCCCAGUACGCGGCGUUCCGCAAUGCCCUCGAUUUCGCCCAAGAGUAUGCCAUCCUGGCCGCCGGCAUGGAAGACCGGCCGUUUGUGCCCAUCUCCACCGUCGUGCUCGAGGGGAUCCCGCGCGACCUCAAGAGCGUGUUCCGCAAGUGGAGCGACGACCUGAGUCCCACACGCAUGGCGAACACGGCCUCGGCGGCCUCGGCGGCCUCGGCUGGUGUGACUAGCCCGUCGGCCUCCACGUCCAUGAAGCGCGGCCGCAGUCUGCGCAUUGUGCCGCUGACCGUGGCCCUGCAGGCGGUGGCAGAGUAG